CCAAUAAAUUGGGCCAGUAGGUUCUCAUAAUAAACACAUGACAUCCCCAACUGAAAGGUAGAUCCAAAAAACAGUGUAGAAACAAUGGAGAAUAGAAAUGGCGAAGCUAGCAAUAAUAACAAUAAUGCAAGGUUGGCUAUAAUGGAAUUAGCCAACAUGAUAAGUGUACCUAUGUCUCUAAAUGCCGUUGUUAGGCUUAAAGUAGCUGAUGCUAUUUGGGAAGGUGGAUCAAACGCGCCGCUCUCUCCCACCGAAAUUCUCGCUAAAACAAGCGGUUCCGAAGGCGGCGGUGGUGCCGGUGGCGGUGAUGCUGAGAAUCUGCAAAGGAUUUUACGCAUGCUCACGAGCUAUGAUGUAUUUGCUGAGCACAUAGUUGAUGACGGCCCUCAAAGAAGAUAUUCGUUGACAGAGGUGGGCAAAACCCUAGUCACAGACAAGAACGGCUUAUCCUAUGGCUCCUACAUUCUCCAGCACCACCAAGAUGCGUUAAUGAGCGCGUGGACGAUGGUUGACGAGGCCAUCAACGAUUCGUCCACUGAGCCAUUUGCUAAGGCAAAUGGCGAACCGGCUUACAAUUACUACGGGAAAAAACCAGAAAUGAAUAACCUAAUGUUAAAUGCAAUGUCUGGAGUUUCUGUGCCGUUUAUGAAGGCAAUUUUAGAGAGUUAUAAUGGGUUUCAAGGAGUGAAAACAUUGGUUGACGUUGGAGGAAGUGGUGGAGAUUGCUUGAAAAUGAUUUUAGAGAAACAUCAAAGUAUUCAACUAGGAAUUAACUUUGAUUUGCCUGAGGUUGUUGAAAAAGCUCCCAAAAUUCCUCGUAUAAAUCACAUCGGUGGUGACAUGUUCAAAUACGUACCAAAGGGAAACGCUAUUUUCAUGAAGUGGGUGCUAACAACAUGGACAGAUGAUGAAUGCAAGCAAAUAAUGAAGAGUUGCUAUAACGCACUCCCAAAGAAAGGGAAAUUGAUUGCUUGUGAGCCAGUUUUGCCGCAUCAUACUGAUGAUAGCAAGAGAACUCGAGCACUUCUUGAAGGAGACAUUUUUGUCAUGACAAUCUACCGUGCCAAAGGUAAGCACCGCACUGAAGAUGAAUAUCGGCAGCUCGGCCGAUCAGCUGGUUUCGCCGAUUGCCGAGGUUUCUACAUCGAUCAUUUCUUCACCGUUCUUGAAUUUCAUAAGUUAUAAAUGGGCUCACAUAGCUUCAAGGGUGAAGCUACAGUUCCGCUGAACCUAGUAGUUAUGGUAAAAACCCCGUAUUUGUAAUAAAAAUUCAUUAAAGAACCCAGUGACUAGUGAGGUGUCUUUUCUAGAUUCCAUAGGGAUUAGGACCCGUAAACUCAUAAACCUAGCUCCGGUCUUUGGUCACAUUACACCAAUUCCGAGCACUCUAUAUAUGUGAACUAUACAGCUAGGGGUGGAGCUAGCCUUUCGGAUACGGGUUUGACUGAACUCAGUAACUUUUGUUUAAACUUUGUAUUUGUCUUAAAAAAGUAUUAAAUUAUGCACAAGUUAUUAA